AUGGCUUCUGAAGAUUGGACUACUGUAUAUUCAGCACUGGAUGUGGAUGAGAAAGUAUCAGCUUAUAACUCAAUUAUAAUCAGGAUGCUUGACGAGUUCUUACCUGAAAAAACUAUCAGAGUACAUCACUCUGAUAAACCGUGGAUCACUGGUAAUAUUAAAAUGCAAAUCAAAGCUCGUCAGAAGGCCUUUUCUCGUGGUGAUCAGUCAAGAUACAAACAACUAUGCGAGAAAGUGGCAAAUCUUAUAGCUAAAGCUAAAGCCACCUACUAUCGGUCCAAGGCCUCAGAAUUUCGUACCUCGAAUCAAUCGAAGUGGUAUAACUGUAUCUACUCUUUAGUAAAUGCCGAAAACACAACCCAAACCCAAUUUCCACACAGGCCCGAAAACCUAGACUUAUCCGACUUAGCUGAAAAACUUCAGAAAGCCUUCACUAAACCAUGGUCGGACCGUUACACGAAUGUCGCCUUUGAAAUACCUGAAGUAAACCACCCACAUAAGAAUAACAAACCACCCCUUCCUUCUAUUGGCCAAGUUAAAGCGGUCUUAAAACAUCUUAAUCCAAGAAAAGCAACUGGCAUCGAUAAGGUUCCUGCAUGGAUGCUCAAACAAUACCACGAAGACCUAGCUCCUGUGGUUUAUGACAUUGUGUGCUGUAGUAUAAGUCAAUGUUGUUAUCCAUCACUCUACAAACAUGCCCUAAUUUCCCCUGUUCCUAAAGUGCAACCGCCGAGAGACAUUAACAAUGAUUUCCGCCAGAUAUCAGUCUUACCCCAUCUUGCCAAGAUCCUGGAAAAGAUCCAGCUCCAGUUAAAUAUUGAAGACCUGAAAAUUAAGAAUAACCAGCACGCGUUUACUCAACAUCGAAGCACAGUCUCUGCGUUAAUAUCAACUACCCAAACCUGGUUUAAUGCCACUGAUUGUUCAAAAACAGGCAAAAUGGGGGUUCAUGCGGCCUUCAUUGACUUUCGUAAGGCCUUCGACCUUGUGGAUCACAAUAUUCUUUUGAACAAAUUAGCAGCUAUGAACAUAAAUAAACCCUUCUGGUUAUGGAUUAAAAGUUUCCUUUCCGGAAGAGUUCAACAAGUAAAUCUCAAUGGUACCUUAUCAUCCAUUGUAACAUGCCCGGCCGGAGUCCCGCAAGGCUCUGUAAUAUCUCCCAUUCUUUUUAAUACCUACAUUGAUGAUUUGGAGGACGCCUUACCAGAACAACUAAAAGUCAGUACGAAUAAGUAUGCAGAUGACUGCACACAACACCAAAUAGUGAGCGUAGAUUCUAAUAGUAAUUUACAACAAUCUAUCAAUGAAGUAAAUAACUGGGCGGUGUUAAAUAAAAUGGCAAUUAAUGCUAAAAAAACUAAGGACAUGUGGAUCUCUUUCACGGACGCUAUACCUGAACCACCACGUCUUCGUAUUGGAAAUGAGUUAAUAGAAAGGGUCAACGCUUUUAAAUUACUUGGCGUGUCGUUCCAAAAUAAUCUAAAAUGGAACGCACAUGUUGAAGAGAUUACACGUAAAGCAAAUAAACGCCUUUACCAUCUUAGAGAAUGCAGGAAAUCGCAGUUACCAGCUGAAGUCGGUAUUAUUACCUAUCAAUCCAAAAUAAGACCAAUUCUCGAGUAUGCAUCACCUGUCUGGGCGGGACUCCCUAAUUACCUGCGAGAUGAAAUAGAGCGUGUUCAAUCCAGGAGCUUAAGAAUCCUUGGCCUGGAAAAAGAUUACCUACCACCGUUGAACGAAAGAAGGGAAGAGGCAACUAGUCGAGAAGUUGAUAGGUUUAUGAACGAUCCACACCAUCCCUGUCGCAGUGUUUUACCAAAAUUAAUUAACAAUCAGUACAAUUUAAGGAAGAUUGACCGGAAUCGCAAUAUAUCAUUCUUCUCAGGAACUGAAAGGCAUAAACAUUCAUUUUCAGGUAGAGCUUGUAAAUAUGUAUAAAUAGUUUUAACUUAUUAGAAGAACUUAUUAGAUUAAAGAAUUUAUUAGUUUUAACUUCUUAGUUAGUUUUCUAAAUUAUCUUACAACAAUUUGUAAUAUAAAGACAUAUCCGCAGCAUAUAUACUUUCUUAAACAAGUAAUUGUAAGUCCAUUGUACUUUUUUAUCUUAAGAUGGAUGAAUAAAGCUAUUAUUAUUAUUAUUAUUAUUAAGCCUUUCGCGCCGGUAUUCGACUUUUCCGCUUAGCUCGGGGAAAACUUUAAAUCUUAAUUGAAAUAGCUGUGUACUGUAUGUAUCAUGAUGCACAGUAAUAUGCGUAUUUGUAUAGCCCUAGACUUGGUUCAAGUUCGUCUCUCAAGGCCAAGGGGUUGAAAAUAGCGAUGCACGCGAGCGGUCAAAAAAGGUGCGAAAAUAUAAGAGAAAACCUUCAACCAAGUCUAGUAUAGCCACAGCGAGUUAACGCUCCGUAGAGCGUCUUGUUAUCUGUUGUUUCUAAUGCGUUCGGCACAUGAGAAGCGCGACGUUUGAAACAGGCCUAAGAAUAAUAUGAAUCAAAAAGUAUUUAUUUUCUUCCUUUUUUAGAUGAUUCAAACGCCCAACAAGGUCAAGGUUCAUCAGAAGACUCAAAUGGUGGUCGAACCUUAUUUGCCAUAAUUCCACAACAACAGCUAGCUGAAGGUGCAACGUUGGAUCCAAACACCAUUAAUACACUCUUAAAUAUUGCAAAUGAUCAAGAAAAGUUGAGUACCAAUCCACAAGGUUCGUUGUUUCCAACUAAAUUGCUUACGUUUGUGCAGAUACUGUUAGUUCCCGACUUACUAAGAUCAAAAGUACGUCUGUUAAGGCCUCAGGGCCGGUGCAUAUAUUUUGGGGCUGCACAUCACCACUAGUUGGGAUGGCCUUUUCAGGGGAAGGCCGGAAGGGGUGUUAUGACUUUUCAUGGGGAGGUGCACACCCGUCAUUUGUGAACUACAUCAGAAAGAUCACUUCCAUCUUUUUCAGGUAGUUCAGACACAAACCACAAUGCGUUGAAACACGAAACAUCUCUAAACCUAAAGUAAUUUCCGAUCAUUUUCGUUAUUUUAGCCCUCCAGAACAUCCUAGGCCAGAUAGGAUUGCAACCCAACCAGAUCACACCUCAACAAUUAAUCUCUCAAAUGAUAUCCACAAGCACAGCAGAGCAAGCAAGUAUGACGCAAGAACAACACUAUGUAACACAAGCCGAUAUGACUGUUGUCGGACAUCUUGCAACAUCCACUGCAGCAACAGAGCUGAUUAAUCAAGUAUCAAGUACGUCAAUACAAGAUCAGUAUGUUCAGCAACCAGAUUAUCAAGUGUGA